AUAGUAAACCUCGUAAUCUUUCAAAGCAAUCAACUCGGGAAGAUAGAAAACGACUGUCGAUCUAGAAUUAUCUGUCAAUAGGCUAGUUGCAUCAAUAUUUUUAGUUAAACAGGGAAUUUAAACCAACGGCUAUUUCACCUAAAUUGUCGUUUUUCACACUAUAUGAACAAUGGAUGAGGAAGUUGGAUUUGAGAAGCUCAAACUUACAGGGGUGAUAGGCUUUAAUGGAAAAAUUCAGAACGGUUUCCUGGUACAUCCUGAUGGACAACAUGUUGUAUUUUCUCUAGGAAGCAACGUUAUUAUUGAAAAUAUAAGUACAGGAGAGCAAUUCUUUUUGCAAGGACAUACAAACAUCGUCGUUUGCAUGGACAUUGACAAGUCAGGAUCAUUUAUAGCCUCUGUCAGGUUACAUAUAUGGGAUACAAAGCAACAAUUAUUGUGUGGAGUUUUGAAAAAAAGGAAAAAUAUGCCGAAUUUGUGCUUCACAAAGUGAAGGUUCAGGCCCUAAGCUUCUCGCGAAAUUCAAGUUAUCUCGCAAGUCUUGGAGGGCAAGAUGACGGAAGUGUCGUUAUUUGGUCUGUGCCAAAAAAAGAAGCUGUUUGUGGAAGUCCGGCACAGCCACAGAGUGCUGGAGUAACAUUGGCGCUAGCUUGCGCUAAUAUUUCUGAAAACACAUUUAUUACAGCUGGAGAAAACACAGUGCGAGUGUGGAGCUUAGAUUUGGAAAAUCGUAAAAUCAGGCCAGCAGAUUGUAACUUAGGUCAAGUUAAGCGAACUAUUCACUGUCUGUCUGUUUCCCACAAUGACGAAAUAUUUUUUGCAGGAACUACAACUGGCGAUGUUUUGACGAUUAGUAUGAAGCAUCACCUGUUACAAGUUAUUGCACCUGAAAAAAACGGAUUUAGUAUGGGUGUAACCACACUUAAGAUAUUAGGAGAAUCAAUGUUACUUGUUGGAUCAGGGGAUGGAGUUGUGCAAGAAUUUUGUUACACCGUUAGAAAAGAAGGAAAACGUUGCUUCCCAACAUUGAUCAAGACAAAUAAAAUGAAAGAGCUUCUGGGAAAAGUCACAGCUAUUAGUCUUCGUGGAGAAGGACACCAGUUCUUUGUUACAACUGAUAAAUGUCAUCUUUACCGGUUUAAUUAUUCAGAUUUCAGCCAUGAACUUGUUAAAACAUGCCAUAAUGCUGCGGUCAACGACAUUAAAUUCCCAUAUAAAUACUCUGAUUUGUUUGUAACAUGUGCCUACCAAGAUAUUCGUGUUUUUAAUAAAAUAAAUCAACAUGAACUGUUACGCAUCAAUAUACCAAAUAUGACGUGUUAUUGUAUAGACAUAUUACGUGAUGGAGCAGCUAUUAUAUCAGGAUGGGAUGACAGCAAAAUAAGAGCAUUUUACCCCGAAACCGGAAGGUUAAUGUAUACUAUCCAGAAUGCUCACAAGAAAGGUGUAACUGCAUUAUGCACCACAUCAACAUGUGAUCGGAUAAUUAGUGGUGGGGGUGAAGGCCAAGUACGUGUAUGGGAUAUUAGAGAAGCUCAACCUGCGAACAAUCAAUUACAUCGUGGUAGACUAAAACUUACAGACAAAUCGAAUAGUAUACAAAACUCUAAUUACUCAAGUAAACUAGUAGCUGCAAUGUAUGAGCAUACAAAUGCCGUUUCGUGUAUUCAAAUAAGCAGAGAUGAUAAAUCAUGCGUAUCAGCUUCAGCGGAUUCUACGUGUAUUGUUUGGUGCUUAGAAACAUUCCGUCGUAAACAAGUUAUCUUUUCAAAUACAUUAUUCCGAUGUGUUUGUUAUCAUCCAACAGAAUGUCAAAUUAUUACAUCUGGUACAGAUAGAAAAAUAGGUUAUUGGGAAGUAUACGAUGGUUCAUUAAUAAGACAAUUAGAUGGUUCACGAACAGGCUCAAUUAAUGGCAUGGACAUAACAGAUGAUGGUAACACAUUCGUUACAGGUGGAAAUGAUAAACUCGUCAAGGUCUGGAAGUACAAUGAAGGUGAAAUAACCCAUGUAGGGCUGGGACAUACAUCACCAAUAACAAGAUUACAUAUAUCACCAGAUCAAAAAAGCAUUGUCACGGUCAGCGAAGAUGGAGCUAUUUACAUUUGGGAAAUGCCAAUAAUAAAUGGAACAAACUAGACUUUAUCAAGAGGAAAUAACUUGAUGAACUAUGGAGUACAUGCACUAAAGAACUCAUUUUAGUCUAUCAUAACACACAGCUUGAUUGCAUUGCUCUGAAUAUUUAUCUUUCUAUUUACAACAUAUCUAUAAUACUGCUCACGAACAUUAUAGGCAAAUUCUAUGCAUAUAGGAAUUUUUAAAAAUUAAUUGCGCAUUAAAAUAAACAAUUUAAUG